AUGCCUCCUCAUCUGCGUGCACGUACACCGGAGACCCCGACGAACGAACAGCUUGCCCAGAAUCUACAUCAGCUCACACAGACUAUGCAGACCCUCAGUGAGGCGUUGUUGCACAACAACCAUCCUGUGCCACCUCCGCAGCCGGCCGGACAGAGGGAUUUAGGCCGUCUGGUGUCGAGCUAUCGACCUCCGACGUUCGCGGGCGAAGAAGAUCCCAUUGUCCUAGAAGAAUGGUUGGGGACGUUUGAGAAGAUCUUUUCGGUUGUUGGUUGUCCAGAGGAGCGGAGAGUAGAGCUUGCAAAGUUCUACUUCUGCCACGAGGCCGACUUGUGGUGGAUACAUGAGGUCCCAGCUUGUCUCGAGGAGCCUGGCUUUGAUUGGACUGCUUUGAAGGAUCGGAUGUGUGAACGAUUCUACCCAGCGCAUGUUAGAGCUGCAAUGUAUGAGGAAUUUCUACAUCUUCAUCAAGGUUCUUCAUCAGUGGUUGAGUACCAAAAGAGGUUUCUAGAGCUUGCACGCUUCGCCCGGAUGCUUGUCCCAAUAGAACUCGCCAAAGUUGAGAAGUUCGUAGCUGGCUUGAACUACGAAGCACAUAAGGCCUUAACAGUGAGCAGGCCGAGCUCUUUGAAGGAAGCAUACCUGAGUGCUGCGGAUUUGUACCGUGUUCAGCAGCUACAGCGUGGAUCCUUUGAGCUUGCAAGAAAGAGGACCGAGAGUGGAGGCUCUUCCAACUUCAAGAAGCCAUGGCCGAGCUUCCAAGCCAAGAAUGCAUCAUCUCCAACCCAAGGACCAAAUCGAGCUGAGCCCGGGAGUCAAGUCAAGAAGUUUGCAUGCCAUAAAUGUGGGAAAGAGCACGCGGGCAAGGAUUGCAAUGGCCAUGCAUUCCGGUGCUAUCGUUGUGGAGACCGAGGACAUAAGAUCGCUGAAUGCCCUCAGCAAGCCAAUUAA